UUGUGCUUCCGUGAUGUACAUACAUCUAAACUUAAGUGUAAAUUAAUCUUUUCUUCCACGGUAACCUCAAAGGUUUAUACUUGUAAAUGUUCAUUUAUAAUGCACGUAGAGUGUUCUGAGGAGGGAAACAAACAACCCCCCCCCCCCCUAAAAUCCUGUAACCACCCUAGCAGUUGCGAGACAUCUUGAAAAUAUUCUGAACCUUAUAUUAUGCGGAAUUUGUUUUGCCAAAUUUCAAUUAAAAUUCUUGAGACAAUAAAUAUCCCUUGAGUCCUGACACAUUUCCAAAUUGAGCUCUUUUUGUGGUUUAAAAACUAUCGGAGAUAGAAAGCAUUUGGUUCAGAUUUAGACAAUUUUGGAAAAAUUUGAAAAAUUUAAAACUAGUAUAAAAUUAAGAAUAUAAUGCGUUUGGAAGUUAUGAAGGGAAUGAAUGAAUACCGAAAAUUAUUUCAAAAUUCAACGACGUCUCUCAACUGUCAUAUUUCGUGGAACACCCUGUCUCGUGAAAAGAAUUCAAGACGAGGAGAUGAGAAUCGAAUGAAGGAUUAAAAAAGAUAAAACAUAUUUUGGAUAUUUUUAAUUAUGCAUUUUUUAAAAGACCAAAAUGCGGUUUGUUUACUUAGGAUUGCUCUUUUCCUUAUACGUUUGGGAAAUAACUUCACAGAAUGAGUUUCGAGGAAGAAGGCGAAAAGUGUUGAAAAAAAGACCUGUUCAAAGAACCCCGAAUGCUUUAGAGGUUUCCAAUGGUAUAGAAAAUCUUACUGUCAACGCCAAAACCACUGACCUCUCCAGGGAAACUGGUCAAAUUAUAAACGAUGUUCAAUGCCCAAUUGCAGAAGGGCUCCAAGUUUAUCCUCAUCCUGACUCUUGCAACCAUUUUUACAAAUGUACAAAUGGUACUCUUACCCUAGAAACAUGUGGAAAUGGUCUUCUUUUCAACGAAGCAACCUCUCUGGCAGGUGCUGCUGAAAAUCACUGUUCCUAUAUUUGGCAAACUGAUUGUGGAGAACGAAAAUCAGAUACUACUCCUAUAUCCAGUCCAGGUUGUGAAUAUCAAAAUGGAAUUUUUCCAAGUGGCGACGGAUGUUUUGCGUCUUACACAAAAUGUGUGAAUGGGAAGCCCUCGGAGGUAUACUGUCAACUGGGGUUAGCCUAUGAUCACCGAAUUCAUGCAUGCAAUUGGCCCGACCAACUUGUAGAAUCUGCUGGAUGUGACCCUUCCGCGGCAUUUGGCGAUUUUAGGUGUCCAACGAAUGAGGAACUUUCUCCGCUUGCAAGGCGUUUCUUUCCUUAUCCUAGGUUUCCUAUACCAAAUGAACCUAAGCUCUACAUUAUUUGUGUUGAUGGAAUGCCCCGACUCAACUCUUGUGGCGAAGAAACCAUAUUUGACGAGGAGACUCUGGGAUGUGCUCAAGAGUUUUAGAUGUUUAUACCACUAUUUAUUUUAUUUAUUAUAGUAGUUAAAUACAUUCGGUUGGAAAUAUAAAAAUGCUCCUA